AUGUCCUCUGAGAUCGAACGUUUUUUGGAACUGGGCAAGGCGUCAAACCGCCUGAUCUGGGAGAUAUAUCAGAGUCGGAAUCGAAACCCGCGGGAGGCAUUGCUGAUCCUUUUGGAGCAUUCGAGAGUUGUAAAGGACUGUCGCAAGGCCCUGGGCCUCGACUCAAAGACGCUCGACCCGCCUAUACGAAUGCUGUUUGCGGAGAUUGCCAAAAAUCACAGCACUUACCUGGAUAAAGACAUCAAGAUGAAGCCUCAUAUCAUCCUUGACACGGGCUUCCUCAAGCGCCUUCCACCUCUACCCCCCAACUUCCAACCACCUUACGACAUUCGGCCAAAUGAAGAUGUGUCAAUGACCGGCGACGACGACGAAGAUCACAGGCGGGCGAUGAAGCGCGAUAACACACACAUGAGCCCCCAAUCCAAACGUUCGAAGAAGAAGAAGGUCCAUAUCGACGAUUCCGCAACACGCCCAUCCAGUCCCGCGGAAGAGGGAGUUGACGAGCCUCCCGCCCGGGCAACGAGGAGUCGCACAGCCAAGGCCGCUGGAGGGUCGAAGGGUGCAACCGCGCAAGGGAGGGCAGCAUCGAAAGGGAGGGCGGGUACAAAGGAAAAGGGGAAGGGGAAAGAGAAGGAGCACGAUGGAGGGCGGAAGGAGGGGGAGGAGGAGGGGGUGCCAGUGCAGGAGGAGCCACCUGCUCCUGGUUCGGGGUUCGAGCUCACGGACGAACCAUGUGCUUUGUGCGUCUUUGCGCAGCAGCAAUAUUGCUGGCGCCCAGCUUCGGGUUGCUGCUUCCGCUGUCGCAAACACAAGCGAAAAUGCUCGUUUGCGAACACGACAAAAGGGCCUAGGACUGCGAAGACAACGACGACAGCGAGAACGACGACUAUGACAAAUGCGACGACGACAAAUGCGAAGGCCACGACAACGACGAACACACCGGCGGCUUCGACGACGGAGAAGAACACUGCCCCCGCGCGUUUUGGAUACGACAAUUCCAAUACGGCAGGUCCGUCCUCCAAGGCUGUGGAGUCGUCCUCCAAGGCGGUAGGACCGGCGGGAGGUUCUGGACCCGGCGGCCAGGCGUACUGGACGGUCUUUGGCCUGCCGAGUGGUAUGCCCGCUGGUACAGCAAUUGACACGUCGGGGUUUCUGAAAGGAGAUGACCUGAGGGUGAUCGAGACGGCCACCCACGACCUUCAGGCAGACAUCUACGACAUCCGCGGCCAACUCCAAGCAAAGGUUGAUAUCGACGCAGAUCUCAGCGAUCGGUUGGCAGAACUGGAGGGUGGUGUGGAAAGGGUCCACGAAGAUUUAACGACAUUUACGAGCGACAUCGAGGAUAUCCGCGCGGAGUUGCAGGCCGUGAGGAAGCAUUUUCCCAACAACCCCAACGAGAUAGAGAGGAUCUCGAACGCUAUUGCCCACAUUGAAAGCCGCGUUGGGGAGCAGGAGAAACAAUUCACCGCCUACAAGCAGAGGGCAACCGAUAGGCUUGGUGCGGUUGUACGUUCAACCGUUGGCGUAGAGGUGAAGAAGGCGGCCGGUGAACUGCAGGAAAGGGUCGGAGGGGAAUGGGAGGAGCGGUUUGGAUCACUCGAGAAUUGGGUAGGCGAGAUUGAUAGUCGGUUGCGCGAGUUGGAAGGGCAGCAGACCUCGGAGAUAGAGCGACGGUUGGAGGGGUUAAUCUCCGAGAAGGUGAAUCACGUCUUCAAGGAGGCUGAGGGUAAGCUGGAGGGGUUCGUGAAUCGCACGAUUGCGAAGGAGUCGCAGCGACUGGCGGACAGUCAGGUCAACCCAGGACAGUUGGCGAAGGAGGUGUCCUUGUCUCUCGAAAGGCACUGGCCUUCCCUCCUAACCCCGAUCCUUUCGACCACCCUUCAAACCCACCUCAAGGAACGUAUUGGCGACGUCGAUGCCAAUAUCGUUCGCAUUGGGGAGGGUCUAACCUUACGUCUUCGAUCUAUCGUUCAGGAAGAGGUUGCGCGCAUCAGUCACGACAUCGCACGAGAGGCAGUCAUCACCACCAUGCAAAAUCUUACCGUCGUUCCUCCUUCGCCCGACGAUGUCUCUCGACCCUACCCGACCUUCAUUGACCCAGACCGCUUUGAACAGGCUUUUGAGCCUAUUCUUCUGUCUCCAGCUCAGCAUCCCCCACCAACCUCCGCAUCUGCGAUUCAGCUGCGGGAUCCCAACGGUGAUCUCCAGGCCGGUCUUCAAGAAUCGAUUUUGACUGCAGUACCUGAUGGCGUUUCUUCUGUGCGAGCACGACGGCCAUCGAAAAGGGACUCCGACAGGGAAUCGGAGGGAGAGGACAUUUAA